CCACACACAUGCAGAGUAUAGUGAAGACUUGGAGCAAAUUCAAAAGCAUGCAUGAGUCACAGUAAACAGACUCAUUGCUUACAGGAAGAACAGACAGAAGCAGUCUGCUCUGCCCUUAAGCAAAGACCCGAAUCUAAGCAAUCUCAACUUCAGAGGAAGAAUGGAAAGCUCAGAUGAGAACUAUGACUAUGAUGAAUAUAACAGCUCAAACUUCAGCUACGAUGAUUAUCAGACCAUGUGUGAGAAGAGCGACGUGCGCUCCUUUGCCAGGAUUUUCCUCCCGGUCGUUUUUGGGUUGUGUCUGGUGAUAGGCCUAGCGGGGAAUGCCCUGGUUGUGGCGGUGUACGCUUACUGCAAGCAGCUGAAGACAAUGACUGAUGUGUUUAUAGUGCAUCUGGCCAUAGCCGAUCUGUUGCUGCUCCUGACGUUGCCCUUCUGGGCCGCAGAUGCGGUCCACGGCUGGCAGCUCGGAGUUCCUCUCUGUAAACUUGUCUCUUCCUUGUACACCAUCAACUUCACCUGCAGUAUGUUGCUUCUGGCCCAUAUCAGCCUGGAUCAGUACCUGGCUUUGAUGGCGGGAGGCAGAAACAGAGGCCUUGCGCGAGUCUUUCGAAAGAACCACUCUGGAAAGCUUUGUUUUGGGAUCUGGACCGUUGCUUGUUUUCUAGGAGUCCCUGAUUUAGUGUUUGCGACCGUUAAGGAACUGCACCACCAAAAGAAUUGUCUGUCAACAUAUCCGUCGGAUAUGGCACACAGAGCCAAAGCCACUUUGGAGGUGUUGGAGGUCAUUAUAGGCUUCUUGCUGCCUCUGUUGGUGAUGCUUUACUGUUAUAUCUGUGUAGGCCGAGCCGUGGUGAUGCUGCCGGUGGAGAGGAGGUGGAGGAAGUGGAGGUCUAUCCGUGUGCUGCUGGCUAUGGUGGGAGUCUUUGUGGUCACACAGCUACCCUACAAUGUGAUCAAGUUCUGCCGGGCUAUGGACAUCGUGUAUGCGUUUGUGACUCACUGUGGUGUUAGUAAACAGCUGGACAGGGCUACGCACAUUACAGAGAGCCUCGCAUUGACACACUGUUGUUUGAACCCCAUGCUUUACACCUUCAUUGGUUCAACUUUCAGACAGCACGUAAUGAAAUGUGCCAAAGGAUUCGGAGACAGAGGGAGAAGAUUAGCGCGCGUUAGACAGCAACAAGAAGUGAACAUCUCCUUAAAUUCCCAUUCACAAUCCCAAGAGACCAGCACCUUUUCUAUUUAAACAUAUCGAAUUGUUUGCCAGCCUGUGUGGACUAUGCACUAUUUACAGUACAAACUGUUGAAAGAGUACAAUUAUAUUGCUCUGCAAUGCUGUCACAAUAUGAAAUAGAUGAUGUAUGUAUCAACAACAAAAACAAUAUUUCCAGAGGCGCAUUAUGGUGCCACAAAGCCCCUGGGCAUGUCUUUUGAUUACUAUUGUGUAAAUAUGUGUGCCACGCGAUUGAAUGUGCAUUUUUUUUGUCAACACCUGUGGCGGUUCGUGACUGCUCUUCCGAGUGGCGCAAAUUCAAAAUAUGUGUUCGAAGUGUCAUGUGUGUUGCUCGUAUUUUCAAAAUAUGUGUUUGUUGCGUCAUGUGAACCAUGUGCAUCUCGUGUUUCAUCAAAAUAAGUGCCUGCUGCACACACGUCAAAACCGUUUAUGAUGAAACAGACGCUCACGUUCACAAAAUACACGCAUGACACUCCCUUAACUGUAAACUCUGAUUACGCAUGAGUAUCUGGCAAACGCUAGCGUCUCUUUUAUCAUAAACCCUUUAGAUGUGUCUGCAGCAGGCAUUUAUUUUUGACAAGACACAUGAUGCACACAGGUUCACUCGACGCGCCAAACAUAUAUUUUGAAAUGACAAACCACACACAUGAUGGGCUACAUACAUGUUGUGACGAACUUCGCAUUGUGCGCCCUCAAAAAAAGAAGUCAACGGCCGCCACUUGUCAACACACCAAGUUGUAUUUUUCAAAUGAAAACCAAUAAAGACAACUAUGC